GUGGAGCGUAAACAUCGUCAUAUACUUGAGACUGCGUGUGCAUUGCGGUUUCAUGCAGGUCUUCCUAUCCGUUUCUGGGGUGAAUGUGUGAUGACAGCUGUUUACUUGAUAAAUCGUCUACCCACGAAAGCAACUAAAAAAACUCCGUUUGAAGUUCUGUUUGGUAAGUUGGCCUCGUAUGAUCACUUGAGGGUUUUCGGGUGCCUCGUAUACUUCAAGGACAAUCAUGGGGGACUCUCAAAAUUCGUCGACCGGGGGCGUGCCGGUGUGUUUUUAGGAUACGCAGCAACUCAAAAUGGUUACAAGGUCUAUGACUUGUUGCCAAAAAGGUGAUAGUAUCUCGUGAUGUUGUAUUCCACGAAAACUACUUCCCUUUCCAUGCUCAUCAGGAUCCUCGGGAGUUUCACUGGAUUUCGGCCGAUACAUUUGAUCCUGAUCGAGGCCAAGAAAUGGCGCGACCCAACCCACUUGUCGUGGACGAGCCCCUUCCACGUACCUCCCCCGUGCAUGACCAUGCACCUACUGUGUCGCAAGGAACAAUGACCAGCUCUCCUUCUUUUCCUUCCUCUACGUCAAAUGAAGGUGAAGAACAGCAAUUGGGUCGUGAGUUUUCCAAGUCACCGGCCAGUCCCUUUCAAUCUCCCCACUUCAGAGACCUCUCCCCACGAGCAGUCCUCCUCACCUAGUCCUGCUCCAGUUCUUGGACGUGGCCUUCGCCAGAGGUGGCCUUCCAAGCGAUUGGAUAUUUAUGAUACUAAUGUUCACUCAGCUUCUAAUGUCAAGUAUCAUAUCUCAAGUCAAGUCUCUUAUGCUCGUUGCACCUCACGUUAUCGUGCAUUUGCAGCAGCCGUCACUCGUACUCCUGAGCCCCGCUACUUUCAUGAAGCAGUUCGAUGUCCACAUUGGUGCGCUGCCAUGAAAACUGAAGUCCAAGCUCUUGAGGCCAACAAGACCUGGACCCUUGUCGAUCCUCCUCCAGGCGUUCAUCUCAUUGAUUCAAAAUGGGUUUUUCGCAUUUUGAACGCUACAAAGUGCCAUUGAACGCUACAAGGCACGUCUGGUUGCCAAAGGCCACACUCAAGUGGAAGGUCUUGACUAUCACGAUACCUUUGCUCCAGUUGCGAAACUUGUUACAGUUCGCACUCUUCUUGCUGUUGCUGCCAGUCGUGGUUGGUUCAUCCAUCAGCUAGACAUAAAUAACGCCUUCCUGCAUGGUGACUUACAUGAAGAAGUUUAAAUGAAGGUUCCCCCUGGGUUUGCUGCUCCCGGUAAUAAGAGAGUUUGUCGUCUCCACAAGUCAAUAUAUGGCCUGCAACAGGCCUCCCGAAAUUGGUACCAAAAGUUCACUACGGCCCUAUGCGAACUUGGUUUUCGAGCUUCUCCGGCAGAUCACUCGCUCUUCAUCUAUAAGCGAGGUACUUCCUUUGUUGUUGCUCUUAUAUAUGUCGAUGAUGUGAUCCUUGCAGGAACCGAUAUAUCUUUCAUAGAGCGUGUCAAAGAAUUUCUCGACACCCGUUUCAGCAUUAAGGACUUGGGUCCUUUGCGUUACUUCCUGGGUUUAGAAGUUGCUCAAUAACCGCAAAGGCUCAUUGUUAACCGGAGAAAAUAUGUUCUUGACAUCUUAGAGCAGUGGCGGAUCCAGGAAUUCUACGUAGGGGUGUCCUCUAUAAAAAAUUAUAUCUAAUUAAAUAUUAGAAUUAAAUUAAAUAAUUAUUAAAUUUGAAAAUAUCUAACUAAUAAAAGUUUCAUUAAAAG